CGCAGUCGGCACGGGGCGGGCAGCGAGCGGCGCGCCGGCUGCGCGCACCCCGCACACGGCGCGCUGCCACCGAGGGAGGGAGGGAGCGAGCACCAUGUGCCGGCCAGCGCUCGCCCGGCUGCUGCUCCUCCAGCUGCUGCUGCUCAAGCUGCACCUCGGCAAAGGCGCCGUCAAGGAGUGCGAGGAGAACCAGUUCCAGUGCCGGAACGAGCGGUGCAUCCCCGCCAUCUGGAAAUGCGACGAGGACGACGACUGCUCGGAUAACAGUGACGAGGCGGAUUGCCCAAAGAAAACUUGUGCUGAGUCAGAUUUCACUUGUGACAAUGGGCACUGCAUCCCAGCCAGGUGGAAAUGUGAUGGGGAGGAAGAGUGUCCCGACGGGUCGGAUGAAUCAGAGGCAGCAUGCACCAAACAAGUGUGCCCUCCUGAAAAAAUUAGCUGUGGAGACUUAAGCAACAAGUGCAUCCCGCUGUCCUGGAGGUGUGAUGGGCAGAAGGACUGUGAGAGUGGAAUUGAUGAGGCUGGUUGCACUCCUGCCUGUUCUCCCAACGAGUUCCAGUGCAGUAACAAGUCGUGCAUCUCCAUCAUCUUCGUGUGCGACGGUGACAACGACUGCGGGGACGGCAGCGACGAAAGGAAGUGCUCCCCCCUGACCUGCAACCCCAACGAGUUCCAGUGCAACAACAGCGUGUGCAUCCCGGAGCUGUGGGUGUGUGACAACCAGCCCGACUGCGAGGACCAGUCGGACGAGUCCAUGGAGAAGUGCGGCUACGACGCCAAGGCCCUGAACACGUGCGCGGCACACGAGUUCCAGUGCGGCAACGGAGAGUGCAUCCACCUCAACUGGAAGUGUGACGGCGACGAGGACUGCAAGGACAAGUCUGAUGAGCAGGACUGCCCUCUGGUGACCUGCCGGCCCGAUGAAUUCCAGUGUGGCGAUGGGACGUGCAUCCAUGGAGCCAAGCAGUGUGACAAGGUGCACGACUGUCCUGACAACAGCGACGAGGCCGGCUGUGUCCAAGAGUCAGCAUGUGAAAGUCCCAGCAAGUUUCAGUGUAAGAGUGGAGAGUGCAUUGACGGAGGCAAAGUGUGCGAUUCACAUAGAGACUGCAGGGACUGGUCUGACGAGCCUCUGAAAGAAUGUGGUGUCAAUGAAUGCUCGAUGAACAACGGUGGCUGCUCACACAUAUGCAAAGACUUGAGGAUUGGUUACGAGUGCGAAUGCCCGCCUGGAUACAAGCUUCUGGAUAAAAAAACGUGUGGAGACAUAGAUGAAUGUGAGAAUCCAGACGCUUGUAGCCAGAUCUGCAUUAAUUACAAGGGAGACUACAAAUGUGAGUGCUACGAAGGAUACGAGAUGGACACCCUGUCCAAGAACUGCAAAGCUGUAGGCAAGAGCCCGUACCUGAUCUUCACCAAUCGCCACGAGGUCCGUAAAAUAGACCUGGUGAAAAGGGACUAUUCCCGCAUCAUUCCCAUGCUGAAGAACGUGGUGGCACUGGAUGUGGAGGUGUCAACAAACAGAAUAUAUUGGUGUGACUUGUUCUACCGAAAAAUCUACAGCGCCUACAUCGACAAAGCGAGUGACACGGCCGAGCAGGUGACCCUCAUCGACAGCCAGCUCAACUCCCCCGAGGGACUGGCCAUCGACUGGGUCCACAAGAACAUCUACUGGACAGACUCUGGGAACAAAACCAUCUCAGUAGCCACUGCAGAUGGAAGCAAGAGGAGAACACUUUUCAACAGUGACCUCAGCGAGCCCAGAGCCAUCGCUGUGGAUCCCACACAGAGGUUCAUGUACUGGUCUGACUGGGGAGACAAAGCCAAGAUCGAGAAGGCCGGUCUGAACGGCGUGGGGCGGCGGGUGCUGGUCAGCGACAACAUCGAGUGGCCAAACGGCAUCACCCUGGAUUUGCUGAAUCAGCGUCUCUACUGGGUAGAUUCCAAAUUGCAUUCACUGUCCUGCAUUGAUUUCAAUGGCAGCAACAGAAAAGUUCUGAUCUCCUCUGUGGAUGAUCUGAGCCAUCCUUUUGGCUUGGCAGUGUUUGAGGACAGAGUGUUCUGGACUGACCUGGAGAACGAGGCCAUCUUCAGUGCAAACAGGCUCAAUGGCUUGGACAUCUCCAUUCUGGCAGAGAAUCUCAAUAACCCUCAUGACAUCGUGGUGUUCCAUGAAUUAAAGCAGCCCAAAGCUCCAGAUUCCUGUGAGCUCAGCCCCCAGCCAAACGGAGGCUGUGACUAUUUGUGUCUUCCUGCACCUCAGAUCUCGCCCCACUCCCCCAAGUACACCUGUGCCUGUCCUGACCAUAUGUGGCUGGGUCCUGACAUGAAAAAAUGCUACAAAGAGCUUCCAACCACUGCAGCUCCUGUAGUGGUUUCCACAACCACAGCGUCCCGUGCUGACGGCACCACGACCAUCACUGCUGCCCCUGGCAGUGCCAAUGGCACCACUGGAGUUGUCCCCAAAGCUGUACCAGAAGCCACAAUCACCACCCCAAGCCUUCAUUUACCUUCCACCACAUCCAUCCUGAUAGACUCUGAGAUGACCACUGGGAACAGCAAUUUGUCACAGCACUAUGCAAAUGACGAUGAAGGCUUUGGUUCAACUGUGACAGCAGCUGUGAUUGGAAUUGUCAUUCCUGUGGUGGUCAUUGGCUUGCUGUGCAUGGGGGGAUACCUCAUCUGGAGGAACUGGAAACGGAAGAACACCAAAAGCAUGAACUUUGACAAUCCAGUUUACAGGAAGACAACAGAAGAGGAAGAUGAAGAUGAAAUCCACAUUGGGCGAACUGCCCAAAUUGGACACGUGUACCCAGCACGUGUAGCACUAAGCUUAGAAGAUGAUGGGUUGCCAUGAGGAUGAAGAUGCUGCUCCAAUCAUCUGAACACUGAACAAAUCUGCUUUGGAUCACAGAACCUGCUUCUUCUUUUUGGUCAUUAUUUAUGUUGCAGAAGGGUAACCACAAAGUUAUAAUGAACUGCAAACAUCCAAAGGAUGUGAGAGUUUUGUAUGUAUAAUCUUUUAUACACAUUUUAACUUGUUGCACUACCCAUUUGUGAUAGUGAAUAAGCAACAGCUGAGCUACUAACUCAAUGUACAUAACCAGCCAGGCUGAAGGUUCAGUAGCUAUUGCUUUAUUUUAAGACUAUAUUUAUAGAUAUUUUGUAAAUAUGUUGAAUAUGCUUUGUGGCUAUCCAUCAACAUAAGUAAAAUAAAUUCUGUACAGGCAGUUUAGAAAUAUUUAUUAACAAAAUCUGGAUUAUAAGAUCUGUUCUGUAAAUAUAGUAGAGGGGUGAGAGUAUUUAUUUUUUGUAUGUUUGGCUUGCUGUGCAUAGAUUAUCUGUGUAUAUAUCUAUCUGGAUGAGAUAGAUAUAUAGGCAUAUAAAUAUAUACAUAUAUAUAAAUAUAUAUACAUAUAUUUUAAAACUACUAGCCUACAUUUAUGAAAAUUAGGAAUAAUUGAAUUUUUACAGGAUGUUUGAGAAGUUUGCUUUGAAAUCUAAAGACACUAUAUAAGAUAGAGCUGUAGUGUAAGAUAGCUGACCAGUGAGCACUCCUUACAAACAUCUCCUGAUUUCCAUCCUGGUUCUUAAGGGCUGCUUGUACAUUUUCCAGUCUAUCCAUGAAGAAUCCAUGCAGUGCAUUCAACUGGAGAGCUAUUGCCUACAGCAUUUCAGUCAGGAGAAACUCCUACAGCACCCAGGGGUUUUGUGCUGUAUUGUGGCUUUUUUACAGCUUGGUACAAAUCUGAUUUGGUUUUUGUUCGUUUGUUUCUAAAUGUAAAUUUAAAUGCUUUUCCACACUGGGAAUCUUGCAUCUCUUAAAUCAGCUGAGAAUUAACAGAAACAAAGAUUUAGCCAUAUAUUUCCACACUCCCAAGUGAGCACUCUCCCUGGUUCAUCAGGAAAAUAGCACAGGAACAAAAGUCACUUCCUCCCUCCUUGCCCUUGUCCCCUGCUCAUACUGAUAAAAACCCCAAUUUUAGGAGCUGCUGUGGCACACACAGAACUCUUCCCAAGUCCUGCCCUUUGGCUGGGUCAUCCUGCACCUGGCAGGAAAAACACUUGAUUUUUCUCAUCUCAUUCUAUAGGAUUUCCUGGGAAUUCUGUGGGAAGUGAAUACACUUACCUCCCACUGCAGAAUGGACUAGUACCUCCCUGAACUGUACCAAAUCCUAGAGAAAUCUUCCUCAUGUUUUUAUGUCAGUCCAAGCUUUUGUAUUUGAGUGAGUAGAAGAAACUCAGGCUGAGUAGGUUUGGAGUUUUUUUCCUUUUUUUGUUCCUUUCUUUUAGAAUAAAUUUACAGAGUAAUGUGAGCUGGAAGCUGAUUCUUGACUAAGAGAAGAAAGAAAGUGUUUAAAGCCCUGGUAUGCAUUACAGACAUAAUCCAUACUCUCAAAUGCCUCAUGGCCUGCAUAGACAAUACAGAAGUAAUCAAGCAUCCUUCUAUUCCAAAUUGUAGAUUUUAAGGCAGUGACAACAUGAGUGACAUAUCCCAUUAUUGUUUUAAGGUAUGAAGCUCUCUUUCUAUAAAUCCAUGCACUGUGUGCAUGAAGAAAAAAGCUGAGCAAGGCUGUAUGUGAUAACACUGUAACUAACAGACGAAUGUAAAUAUAUAUGAAAGUUCUACAGUUUUGAUACUUUUUUAAGAACACACAAACAAACCUGUACAAACCAUGUGUAAAAGGCUGCAGGUUUUUUCAAACCGUUGUAAAUGAACUCAAUGUGCAGUGCUGAUUUCAACCUUUACAGAUUUAUAACUACUGAGAAGUCAAACACCAAAUUUGUUUUUUAAGAAGUUAAUUAUUUUAAAUAAUGGUUCAGAUUGGUAGGGUGAUAUUUAACAUUGUAAUCAUUUCUGCUCUGUCUUGUCAUUCUGAAGUUCUGUUAGAGUAAGUUCUUGCUUGGUGCCUUUUGUGUUUCAGUUCUUACCUUGCAGACAAAAGGCCCAGGGAGGGGCGGGGGGGCUCUGUGUAACACUUGCUGUACUGGAAACCAAAUGAACACGUUUGUAAAACAGUGCACUGUUUCUAUAGAAAGAUUAAAUUUUUUUAUCUGGGA